UUGAUUAGCUGUAAAGUGAAACUCGCAGCUCCCGGCCCAGCUACAAUGGAGAGUUGCUAAUAUUAUUUCAUAUUAAGCCCAGGCCCUCUGUAAAAUAUCCCGUAACAGUAUUUGUGUUUUGUUUUUGUGUUUUCCUUACAUUAACCAGCAAAGCGACUGCUCAGUUAGCCAGCUGCUAAUCGGAAACAUGUCUCAAGAGGGAUACCAGUCCACAGCAAUAAGAACCACAGUCAACACCAGCUUGGAUACACAUCAGCAGCAGAAGCCCAGCCAUGGUAAAACACCUAUACAAAUCCUGCAUGAAUAUGGCACCAAAACUGGCAACCUCCCCGUGUAUGUGCUGGAGAAGGCUGAAGGCGAGGCUCACCAGCCCAGUUUCGUCUUCAGUGUGAAAAUCGGAGAUGUUAGCUGCUCAGGUCAAGGACCCAGUAAGAAAGCUGCCAAACACCAGGCUGCAGAGGCUGCCCUGAGCGCUCUGCAGAUAGAUGUUGGAGCAGCGAAUCUCCAAGUGAAGUCUGAGAGUAACGGCGUUGCAGCAGAACCAAAUGACCAUCCCAACUCAGUGGGGAUACUGCAGGAGUUAGCGUUGCAGAGAGGAUGGCGUCUCCCUGAAUACACAGUUCUAAUGGAAGCCGGCCCACCGCACAAGAGAGAGUUCACUGUUACAUGUCGACUGGAGUCCCUGUCAGAAACAGCUGCGGGGAACUCUAAAAAAGCUGCUAAAAAGGCGGCAGCAGAGAAGAUGGUGGCAAAGCUUCAGAGUCUGUCGGGCUGUUCUGAAAUCACAUGGACCCCUAAACCCAGCGUCCGAUUUGAGAACUUAAGGAACUCAUCAGCUGAGAAGAUAUCUUUACUAAGAAGAAACCCACUGAGCAUCCCCAACACAGAUUACAUUCAGAUGAUGUUGGAGCUGUCUAAGGAGCAGGGCUUUGAAGUCACAUACUUUGACAUUGAUGAGCUGACGGUGAACGGCCAGUACCAGUGCCUGGCAGAGUUGUCCACUUCCCCUGUCACCGUGUGCCAUGGCACGGGCAUUUCCUGUGGCAAUGCGCACAACGAUGCAGCACACAGUGCCCUUCAGUAUAUUAAGAUUAUGGCCUCUAUCAAAUAAAGCAUUGUGAUGCACUCCAGCUGUUUCACUCACAUUGAAAAAAGGAGAGAUGUCAACCCAUGAUGAGGGGGUGGAUUGUAUUUUUUUUUUAAUUAAUUUAUAUUUUUUUCCACUGGUCUUUCUCUCCAUGGACGAUUUGAGGUCAAGAUGGGUUUUUUUAUUAUUAUUAUUAUGUAUAUCAUUAAGAAGAUCAUGAUCCUCCUUCAGGAAAGUAUUUCUGAAGAGAAAAACUUGAAUUGUGGACAUUCUCGAUAUAAAGACUAACAUUACAAAUUCAAUUUUGUCAGUUUCACUAUUUCUCAGUGAGUCCUCAUGAAAUUAUUAGGGUGCCAUAAUGUUUUUAUUUUUAAAUCUCCAAAAUGUGGAAGCAGAUAUACAGGUGUACUGUAAAUGAAGUAGAAACAAGCACUGUGCAGUUCAGAGCACUUCCUCAUUACCUUUUUAGAUGCCUAUUUCAACCUUUGUCAGUGCUUGAUAUAUAUUUUUUUGUCUCUAUAUUUUUACACCACCAUAAUCAUGGAUGCAGCAGUAAUUUAUAGCUCAGUAUGUUGCCUUACUGGAACUAUUUGGGCUUCUGAGUACCUCAGUAUAUUGGUCAAGAUGCUGACAUUUUCAUCUUUCAGUCUACUUUGUACUUUUUAGUUCACAUUGAAUUACUUCCCAGAAAUGUAUUGAGCCAUGUGUUACCAGACAUCAGAGCUUUAUGCCAUGCAGUGUUUUAUCAUCAUAUCAUGUUAAAUGUGACUGACAAGGAGCAGCAGAAGUUAUUAUUUUGUUGCUCUCUUAGAUACCUUUUUUUUUUUUUUAUUUAAAGAAUGAUCCACGUUAAUCUGCAGCUGGCUGGAAGGGCGUUUGUCAGAGAGAGCACCGUCCCAUCUGUCAGUGUGUGAUCUAUGAAUUAAUUUUGCUCUUCUAAGCACUGCAUCCCUCAUAGUACAUAAGAGUGAAGUGUGUGAUAUAUUUAAUAAAUUUACUGAAUGGU